GGUCCGCUUAGGAUGUGGUCUUGGUGUUUCAUGCGUCUUUCCAAAAACCACUGGCAAACAGUUUUGAUUUUUUUUCACUGACAUCUUCUUUGGUUUUCCUUAUUUUGGCAAAAUCAAAACACUAUAAAUUUUGUGCUUCCUCUUAAAAUGCCCCAGUUUGAUGAAUCAUCACUUGCCGCCUCCGAAAUCCACCUGCGCUCGUUCUGCCCUCAAAAGGUGAAGAAGGUACUGCCUUCAGUACCCGGCGCAAUCUUGAUAACGUGGUACUCACUUCUCUCAAAGGAUUAUGACGUUGAUCCGGCGGGUGGUCCUGCGGCGCCUCCGCCGAGCAAGACUCCCGCGGGCAAAGGGAACCGCAGCGGAGGCAAACUCGCCCGCAGAGCACGUUCCUUCAAGGAGGACUUCUUGGACAAGCUGUCCAACAUCCGGUCGAACCCGCGCUCGCAGUCUCCGCACUCGCCCAAAAUGUCCAAGCAGACCAACGGCACCACAGACCUCGAGAACGAGCAGCCGGCCAAUCCGCUGCGCGAACUCGACCAACUCGUCAAGCAGGUGCACUUGGCCCUCAAGCACCUAAGAGACGUUGUCAGCAAGAACAAACUGGAAAUGCUGCCGGGCAAUGGCACCAUUGUCCUUGAGAUAGUCACCAAUAUUGUUUCUAACCUGAGAAAUUACUUUAUUGGCGAGCAGAGUUCUGCUCUCAUGUCAGCAACGUCGCACCUACACCAGUGUCUAGCUCGUCUAAUUCGGCUUUGCGAUGAUGUUGUGCUAUAUGGCAGCCAGGCCCUGGGCCGUGAAAACAUCAACCAGUUGGUGCAAAGUGUGCAAGAAGCGGUGCAAUCACUCAUUGACUUGGCGCACUCAAAGGUGGCCAUCAAGAGCAACAAUAAUGCGGCCUACAAAAAUGGAAAACUUCAUAUGGAGGCAAAUGGCCGAGCGUCACUGCCCGACAUCCCUCUUACCCCAAGGGAAAGGCAGAUCUUGGCCCAGACCCCACACCGUCAACCAAAUUCAUCGUCAAAAAUCCUUGGACACUCCAUGUCCUCAGAGUCCAUUCUAGAAGGCCAUGAAGCGCCACCCCCAAAACCUCCUCUGCCACAUAGAAAUAAUGGUGAGUCUCCAACACAUCUGACCAGUGGUCGUUCUCGUUCGACAGCACCUCCGCUACCCCCAAAGAGACGAAACAGAUCAGCCAACGCAGCUCAUUCGGCAGCGUCAACCCACUCCCUAAGUCCCCCUUGCACCCCUGCCCCACCAUCAGGGUCACUGGAGCUGGUCUCUAGUGCCGAGAGACUGAGCAUCUCCCCUGCCCAUUCUGCUGGACGUUCCUCAGGAGGAAACGGCGAGGACUCCUCAUCACUGCUGAGUGCUUCAAACGCUGGCAGCAUGGACUCAGUCAACAACCAUUUGCAAAUUUUGGACGAUUACGAUGACGAUUCUCUUUACAUCCGUUCAAAUGGAAAUAUAUCACCUAAUUUUUGGGGAAAUUCGUCCUCUAGACGUGCAAGUGUUGAUAGUCCAAGUUUCUUCAAUUCAAACGACUUGCGUGAACCUCCACCUAUCUCUUUGACUGCAACCACCAAUGGGCAUGUCAGUCGCGUUUUACUAAAUUACAAUGAUGAUGUCCCUGACUUUAAGAACAGUGUUACAUCAUCAAGUUCAAGUUACGUGUCCCAGCAGAGCUGUAGCUCAACCAGUAUUUCAUACAGCAGUGACACGACCAGUUUUGCCAGUCAUUCUGUGUCAACAUCAAAACGCACUGUGGUGACCUCGGAGCUGAGUUCCAGCUCAACGUCCGACUAUGUGAGUUUUGGUGCUGGUUCGCCACCAGCCUUACCUCAGAAAACCAGAAUGCGCGCACCUCGCCUACCUUCACAGUAUGACAACGUUGGUAGCACCAUGACCAACCUGAACCAAAUGCUUAUGAGCAACUCAAACGUCAGUCCGUCGGACGGGAUGCCGCCACCAUUGCCACCUAAAAUGAGGCAUAUCCACCGAAAUGUACACUCGUACAUGUCGGUCCUGCUCCCCAAUUUUGACGAGAGUGACCCAGAAAGUUCAGAAGAAAAUUUUUUUAAGGCCUAUAUGGAGAUGUUUGGCAAGUACUCGUCACCAAGCACGGCGUGGUCCGAGAGCAUCAGUCUGCGACAUUCAAUGCACACGUACUCGGCUCUGCAGGCAGAGUGGGCCCGCAACCAGGCCGAGAUGUCCAUGUCCUCGACACACUCAUGCCUCUUCUCCAGCUCAAGCUCAUACUCAGUUACCCACUGGGCGCCCCUUGAGCGUUCCGACAACCAACCAAACUUAGCAGAUACUUCACCAGGCGGCUCGCCGCCUGCGCUACCACCAAAACUUCGCAACAACCGUCAUUCGAUUUCACCUCCACCACAAAACAACUCAUUCACCCUUUCGUCUCUGACUGUUCCUGCGCCACCUUCUCCCGUCACCCCAGUCACUCCGACGCCCAUCAUGUCUCCUCCCCCACCUCCCGUUGUGCAGAACUCAAAUACCAAAGAACCACCAAUUUAUGAUUUUGGACGGGAGCUUCCGCCUCCACCGCCAAGGCCAACCUCCAUUGCUCCUUUGCCAGCACCGACGACAGCAGUGCAAACUGCCUCCCCCGACUUGACUCCUUUGGCUGAUUCUGGCCGAGUGAAUAGCAUGAUUAGUGACGCUGUCACCACUGAGGUGGAUGAGGAGGAAGGGCCGCUGGAUGAAGUGGACGUUUCGCAGUGGCUGGUGUUUAAAAAGCCUGAGGAGGAGGGACCUGACAUUCGUGGUGGCCACCUUGAUGCUCUCAUUGUCCACGCCACAAAGGCUAACAAAAAUGAUGAGGACAAAACAGGAUUAAUUGUCUUUGCAGACUUUUUGUAUCAAGAGGCAUUUCUCACAACAUAUCGCACGUUUAUGUCACCACUGGAGCUCAUCAUGAAACUACAGCGGCGGUACCGCAGGUUUGCUCAACCAGUCAAUGACAGCGCUAGGCAACGAGCAGCUAGAAAUUCGUUUUCGUUACUUGUCAGGGUUGUUAGUGAUCUCACGAUUAAAGAUUUAGAGACUGAUCUGCUGAAGAUUCUGAAUGACUUGAUAUUCACUUUGGUGGAGAGUGGAGACUUAAAUAUUGCCAGGGCCCUCAGGGGCAAGGUUCUGGAAAAGUGUGAUGCAAAGCGGUUCUGCAAUACCACCCCAAAUCCAUAUCACUCUACAAUUAGCAUGCAAUCAAGACAAUGUACGUUGCUGGACUUUAAAUCGGAUCAGCUUGCGGAACAGAUGACUCUCCUUGAUGCUGAACUUUUCAUGAAAAUUGAGAUCCCAGAAGUUCUGUUGUGGGCACAGGAGCAAAGUGAGGAACGCAGUCCUAAUCUUACUGAAUUCACUGAGCAUUUCAACAAAAUGUCAUAUUGGGCAAGGUCUCGCAUUUUGGAGCAGAAGGAUGCUAAGGACCGAGAGCGCUACGUAGUCAAAUUCAUCAAGGUCAUGCGACACCUACGCAAGGUCAACAAUUUUAACUCUUAUUUGGCGCUUCUUUCGGCGUUAGACUCGGCACCUAUCAGGCGUUUAGAAUGGCACCGUCAAAUUACUGAAGGCCUCAAAGAAUACUGUGCCCUCAUCGACUCGUCCUCAUCAUUCAGAGCCUACCGGCAAGCGCUGGCUGAUACGCAUCCUCCAUGCAUCCCAUAUAUCGGCCUUGUCCUGCAAGACUUAACUUUUGUCAACAUUGGCAACAGCAAUAGCUUACCAGAUGGUAGUAUUAACUUCUCAAAGCGAUGGCAGCAAUUCAACAUUGUUGAGAACAUGAAGAAGUUUAAGAAAUGCCAGUACCAUUUUAAGAAACAGGAGCGAAUCCUGGCGUUGUUCAACAACUUUGACGACUUCUUGUGCGAAGAGGCUAUGUGGCAGAUCUCGGAGACCAUCAAACCGCGCGGACAGAGCUCAGCCAAGAAGUAGGACACUUAAUUAACUUAGUAACUUAAUGUGAGCAACAACGAAUGCAACUUAGCUAGGCCUAUUUAUCUUACUAAAAACUUAUUUGCCGCCACAACGACUUCUAAAGCAAUCAGUGAGGCUCUUUCUACGCAGCUUUAAACUUAUUAUCGUUGGCAUGGAAACCUCCUUUGAUAACGUGUAAUUUUAAAUGUGUCGAUUUGAAAGUUUUUACGUCUCACCCUGUCUUAAUUUAAAAAAAUUAAUAUGACAUUCACGAGGCUGGGGUGAAGUCAAGAUUAAUAGCGAUUUUUCCUUGCUCGGUUAAAUAAGAAAAGUUUCAGUCGCAUUCUUAUAGCAUUCUAUUUUCAAUUUCCUUCCUGUCAGACAUAUUUUAGUAAUGUGUGGGGGGAAAUGCCUCUAACCAGAACAAAUAAAAUUUAUUUUUCAGCUUGACUGUUCACGUAAAUGUCGUAAAAUUUGGUCAAGGUGAGACCGCAUUUGCAAGAACUGGUGUGUGAUUUGACGAAAGUAUUUUUUUUUCUCAGUGGCGCGUUCAUUUGAGUGUCCAACAUGAUUAUCAUAAAACUGUGUAGGAAACGAUUCAGAAUUAGUAGUGCACCUGCUUUAAAUCAAAAUUAACUAUCCUAAAAUUAAAAUCUAGGCGGUAGAAUAGGACAUAAUACUAAAACCAGUCACAAUUUAACAGGUAGAAAUGCAAAAAGUAGUGUUGUCAAAUCAUGUAGACGUGCAACCGAACUAAACUGUACCUCUUCUUUCUCUCUCUACGACUAGAAAUUAAUCAACCACAAAUGGAAUAAAUUUAGACGUAUUGCUCUAAUUAGCCAAAUAGCAUUGACUGCCGAAUCGUAUUGUGAAAAAUGUGAAUUUGAAUUCUGUGAAUUUGGUUCUACAAUGAUGGUAUUGCAGAUGCAGAUUCUCGCUUGAUUAUUUUUCGGCAAACUGCAAUUAAAUUAUUCAACGUUUUGAUUUUGAUAGAGUGGAAAAAAAUACUUUUAACGCGUAGACCCAGCAAUCAUUAUUCAUUUUUUUUGGCGCCAUACAUUGGAAAACUAUAUUAUUAGAAACUCUAUGCGAGGUAACUGAGCAAAACUUGUGAUUCCCUUUCUAUUAAUUUUAGCUUAACUGUGGCUCAGCAGAUCACUUUUUUGUGCUAGUAAAAAUCUCGCCGCGUAGCUUUUGCCGCUUCCCUUUUGCGCCUGCGGCAAAACUUCACAUUGUAAAAAGUAAAACACUUAAUAAAUAACUCCAUACCCUAUGAUAUAAAAUUGCUAAAAUACUCGUUGGUGUUUUAAAGUUCAAUGUUAAUUUCAAUAAAUGGCUGUGUGAUCUUAAAAAUAAAAUGCAAUA